CCGGGCGAGCGGCGCGGCCAGGGACGCGUGGCGGCCGCCCGCAGAGUGAAGGAAGCUGGAAGAGACUUCACGUAUUUUAUAGUGGUGCUUGUUGGAAUUAGUGUUACAGGUGGUUUAUUUUAUGUGAUUUUUAAAGAGCUAUUCUCUUCUUCUAGUCCAAAUAAGAUCUAUGGAGACGCCUUGGAGAAAUGCAGAUCUCACCCUGAGGUAAUUGCUGUUUUUGGUGAACCCAUUAAAGGUUAUGGAGAGGCAACACGGCGAGGAAGACGCCAGUUUGUCAGUCACAUUGAAUACGUAAAGGAUGGACUGAAACAUAUGCGUUUGAAGUUCUAUAUUGAGGGCUCAGAAGCAGCGAAGCGAGGAACAGUCCAUGUGGAGGUCAAAGAGAAUCCUGAGAGAGGAAGAUUUGAGAUCCGCUACAUAUUUGUGGAUGUUGACACCUUUCCUAGAAGAACCAUUAUCAUUGAAGACAACAGAUAGCCAAAGGUCCAAGUUGAUGAGAGUUGCUCUCCCAUCUCCCAAGUUGAUGAGAGUUGCUCUCCCAUCUCCCUGAGGACCAGAUGUGUACCCUGCGUAUGGGCCUGCAUUGGGGUUGUGCUGCUGCAGGAAGUAUCCUCCCAGGGCCUCCAUUAAGGUCUUCUCAAAUAACAGAUAUAGGACUUAAGGAAAUGAAAAAUGAACCCAUCACUUUGGCAACUACUUUUGAUAUAGUAAAAUAAUGGCAUAUAAGGAACUUUUUAAUGCUAGUUGAUAGGUCUACACACGCCAAAACUAAGUCUUCCAAGGUCUGGGGUCUGGGAAGGUUUUUGUUGUCUUUUGCUUGGAUUUUUCACUAACAUGCAAUAAAGAAAGUGAUGCUGA